GCUGGGUGCGCUGUCCCGGGAAGCUGCCCCUGUGGGGGCACGGGAGGCGUUUGCGGCAGUGUCACCCCUAAACUGAAAGCUGCUGUUUUUGUGUUGGGAUGGGUAAGCUGGUGUUUUUGCAGUGACUUGAUGCAGUUUGGACUUAUUUAAACUGGGAGAUGUGGAGUGGGCUGUUACCUCCAGGACUGAAUGAGAGUGAUGUUGAUCUAAGUUCUGAUGAUGGAGAUGAAACACCUGAUUCCUGCUCAAAAGAAGAUACUGAGAGGCUUCAGGGGACUGAACAGGAGAGUAAUGCCAGCAGUGAACCUGUUGUACCAGUGACAGAUGAAGAAAGUGAAUUUCAAACCUGCCCUCCUGGAGUUUCUGUAAAUAUCUGGAAUAAAUUUGUGGAGCUUCAGAAGAAACACCGUGAAAUGAAAAUGCAAGUAAAAGAGGAAAACAGAUGUCGAAAAAGAAAGCGCCACCGAAAAGCAAAACAGAGAAAGACCGAUGAAGUGGCUAAGAGUAGUCAGCAGUUGGAAAAUGAAGACAAAUGGAAAGAACUUACACAAUACUUUGGAAUCAAUGAUAGAUUUGAAUCACCUGUGUACAGCAGGACUCCACAAAAGUCUGGCCUUGAACUGAGCAUAGAAAAGUGUGUGGCUGAAGGUGACAUUGCCAAGGCUGAGGAGCUGAGUGACAGAUUAGCCAUUCGUGAGCUUGGUGUGAAAAUUGCCAAAGCUGCCGCUUGCCGCAACUUUGUAAAAGCCAAGCAAGAAGCAGAGGCUGCCCAAGAAGCUCAAAAGAAAAAGAAGCUUGCUUGGGGAUUUGAAGCCAAGAAAAGAUGGGAAACAAAAAGCAACAUGGGAUACAUGUAAUCCAUCCUGUUUUCCUCAGGAGUCAAAUACCUGUUGUUACUUGAAGAAUUUUUGUGGGCAACUUAUUAAAUCUAAACAUAACCCCCCCCCAAAAAAACCCCCACAUCAAAUGCCUUCUAUUUAUCUUAAUGUUUUUAAACUGCACUAUCUUGUUUUGGCACUCUCUUGUAAAUAAUACAGCAAAAAAAAACUAUCUAAACCCCAAUACCAUGUUAAAUUUUCCUCCUAGAUAUGAAACUAAAGAUAAUGCAUUUCAGGAUGAGUUUGGAGUCUGGUAGAGAACUCUGAGGUUGAAAUAAAAUCCUUGGUCCAAAUGCAUUUUG